AUGGGGCAUUGCUGUAGCAAAGGCGCCGUCAAAGAAGACGUUAACACUGGAUCAAUCGCGGGUGUCAACUACCAGAAUGAGCGUCCAAGUCGGAAACCGCCGACUCCCGCUGGCGACACUCCGGUUCACUCUUUCACCGGUAGUCCAUGGCAGAUCCCGUUCCCGGAGGGAGUUGGGGCUACUCCUUCACCGGCGGGGACACCACGACGAUCAAUGCUGAAGUGGCCGUUUCCACCUCCGUCUCCGGCGAAACCAAUCAUGUCGGCGAUACGGAAACGACGGGAGAUAAAAAAGGAAAAAUCGAAGAUUCCAGAAGAAGAAGGGAAGGAAACAGAGAUAUCAUUGGAUAAAACUUUCGGGUAUUCUAGAAACUUCCGAUCAAGAUAUGAGUUGGGGAAGGAGGUGGGAAGAGGGCAUUUUGGUCAUACUUGUGUAGCUAAGUGUAAAAAGGGAGCUCUCAAGAACCAGUCUGUUGCAGUUAAAAUUAUAUCAAAAUCUAAGAUGACAACGGCUAUAUCGAUCGAAGAUGUUCGUAGAGAGGUGAUGUUAUUAAAAGGGUUAUGUGGGCAUCAACACAUGGUGCAUUUCUAUGAUGCAUUUGAAGAUGAUCAGAAUGUGUACAUAGUAAUGGAAUUGUGUGAAGGGGGGGAGCUUCUUGACCGGAUAUUAUCCAAGGGUGGAAGAUAUACCGAAACCGAUGCUAAAUCGAUAGUUAUGCAAAUUCUGAGUGUAGCUUCAUUUAUUCAUCUUCAAGGAGUUGUGCAUCGUGAUUUAAAGCCAGAGAACUUUCUUUUUAGCACAAAAGAUGAAGCUUCUCCAAUGAAGGUUAUCGAUUUUGGUUUAUCCGACUUUGUUAGACCAGAUCAAAGGCUGAAUGAUAUUGUCGGCAGUGCAUACUAUGUUGCACCUGAAGUGCUUCAUAGAUCGUAUAACGUUGAGGCUGACAUGUGGAGUAUCGGGGUUAUAACGUACAUAUUAUUAUGUGGAAGUCGACCCUUUUUUGCUAGAACUGAAUCGGGUAUAUUCCGUUCAGUGGUAAGAGCUGAUCCAAAUCUUAACUGCUCGCCUUGGCCUUCCGUGUCUCCGGAAGCCAAAGAUUUCGUCAAAAGACUCCUUAACAAGGAUCAUAGAAAACGAAUGACCGCGUCUCAAGCUCUCACACAUCCAUGGUUGAGAGAUGAAAACCAUGAUGUACCAUUGGACAUUCUGGUCUACAAAUUGGUCAAGUCGUAUGUUCGAGCCACGCCUUUAAGGCGUGCAGCAUUGAAGGCUCUCUCCAAAGCUUUGACAGAGGAUGAACUGAUAUACUUAAGUGCCCAGUUUAAUCACUUGGAACCAAAAGACGGGUGUGUUUCACUCGAUAAUUUCAAAACGGCUCUUGUGAAACAUUCCACUGCUGCUAUGAAAGAAUCGAGAGUGCUUGAUAUCUUGGAGAAGAUGAAGCCCCUAUCGUAUACUCAAAUGACGUUUGAAGAGUUUUCCGCAGCUGCAAUCAGCCCGCAUCAACUCGAGGCUCUUCAAGGAUGGGAAGCUAUCGCAAAUACGGCUUUUCAGUACUUUGAACUCGAAGGAAACCGCACCAUUUCUAUAGAAGCAUUAGCACAGGAAAUGAACGUGGGCGAAUCUACUCAUUCGACACUGAAGGAUUGGAUACGGAGCAGUGAUGGAAAACUCAAUUUUCUUGGAUAUACGAAGUUUUUGCAUGGUUUGUCAAUUCGUAGUUCCAACACGAGACAACAACAAUAA